CAUCGAUUUGAGAAACCGGAUUCAAGAGCCACUGGAACUGACGUCGAUGUGGAAGAAUAGAGAUAGAAGAUUUGACGCCCCAGUUGUGCUACAACGUCGUCGCCAUAUUUCUAUGCAAAGGCGGAGCAGGAAGAAGAAAGGGAAGGAGGACAGGUAAAGGUGAGCGGAUACAUCGUUCCUUCAACCCAGGAAAAGGUACAAGAGUAUUUUCACUUCUUCAUUUCUUCAUUUUGGAGCCGACUGCUGAAUCACGGCAAUGGUGAAGGAGGAGCAGGAAGAGUUGUCCAACCGGCCUGACAACACUGCCUUCACCCAGCAGCGGCUUCCAGCAUGGCAGCCCAUUCUCUCUGCAGGCAUCGUUAUUCCAAUGUUUGUCCUCAUUGGGGCGGCUUUCAUUGGUGUUGGAGUUGCUCUCUUCAUCGCUUCACGGGACAUCCAGUUGCAGGAAUUGGACUACACUGGUGAUGACUCUAAUCAUCCCUGCUAUAAGUGCAGAACAAGUACAGAAAAAUGUAUGUGCAACUUGACGUUCUCCAUCCCAUAUCUGUUCAAGGGGCCUGUCUUCUUUUACUAUGGCUUGACCAACUACUUCCAGAACCAAAGAAAGUACGGGGCAUCCAAAGACGAUAAUCAGCUGUAUGGAGACCUAGAUUACUUCAAAAAUCCCUCCAGUGACUGUGACCCAUAUACUCAUAAUAGGAACAACAUACCAAUCGUGCCUUGUGGAGCGCUGGCAAACAGCAUGUUUAAUGACACCUUUUCGCUGAGUCAUACGGUCAACGGGACUCAAAAGAUUGUGCCUCUGGAUGGAAAAGGGAUUGCUUGGUGGACUGACUACAACGUCAAAUACCGAAAUCCCAGCGACAAGCCCCUGAUCAACGCCUUCAAUGGAACCACAAAGCCCACAAACUGGCCUAAACCUGCUUAUGAGCUGGAUCCCACAGAUGUGUUCAACAACGGCUUCAUCAAUCAAGACUUUCUGGUCUGGAUGAGAAGGGCUGCUCUUCCCGAUUUUAGGAAACUGUAUCGACGAAUCACGCAUGAUGACUAUGUAAAUGGUCUACCAGCUGGAAACUACACUCUGACAAUUGCCUACAACUAUCCUGUUCAUUCGUUCAACGGCAGGAAGAAGGUGGUGCUCAGCAACGUAUCUUGGAUGGGAGGAAAGAAUGACUUCCUGGGAAUCGCAUACAUCGUGGUUGGCUCCCUGUGUGUCGUCAUGUCCGUCGUUAUGCUCAUUGUGUAUGCUAAAUUCAAAUUUCCCGAAGAUGACUGAGCACCUGGAAAAGUGCCAAAGGAAACUUUUUCAUGUAGUUGAUCAACCUCAGCUGGAAACAGUGACCUCUGAACUUUUAGGAUUUGGAGUUUAAAUGUAUUGCUAGUGCUCUAUUUUUCUUACUUUUUCUAUCUGUAUUUCGUAAAUGACAUUUAUCUUCAGGGCUAAAGCUGUAUCCUACCAAUUAUUGACCUAUUAUUGAUAGGCCAAUAAUCUUAAAGCCAUAUUUCUCAUGAAAAGUAAUUUUAAACUAAUCAGGCAGUUACAUUUGAGUAAAAAGCUUCAUAAAAAGGUUGGAAAACUUGUACAUAUUUAUUUCUGACUCAGGGAAAUUGUUUACCAGCUUUUCUUUGUGAUAUUUUUGUUGGGUGGCUUCAAAGCUUAUGUAAGUUUUAGUUUUCCUUGAAACUUUUAGUUUAAUACAUAUUCAAUAUUUAUUAAAUAUAACAAAUUAAUCUUA